GGCGCGCAACAGUUUUCGUGCAGUGAAGAUAAAGGAACAGCUGGUGCGGUGUCAGUCGAUUGCAGUUGUUCUGGGUCGCGUCAUUUUUCAUUUGGUGCGUUUAUCUUUACCGGCAAUCGGGCAGACAUUUUGGAUCCUGAUUUUUCCGUGAACAAUUCUGGAAAGACUUAGUGGAUUUGCAUUUAGACCCGCUACCCUUGCCGGCAUCGAGCAUAACCUUGCAUUCAUCUGCUGAAAGUACUACAGUCAGAGGUAACAAACAUGCCGAAGAACAAGAAAGCCACCUCCAGCAGCAGCGACAGCGAUUCCGGUCCAGAAGAUAGGAACCCGCCAGCGAAGAAGGCGAAGCCAGCAAGCGAACCAAAGAAAGGAGACAACAACGGUGAAGAGAAGGAAUGGGUGCUGGAGAGGAUGCGUUUGGUUCGCAUAAACGAAUACCGCGGGCGCCGCUUCGUUGAUAUUCGCGAGCACUACGAGAGGGACGGGAAAGUCUUGCCGGGCAAGAAGGGCAUCGCCCUCUCCGGGCUGCAGUGGCGCAAACUGCUGGAGUACGGUCCGGAAAUCACAAAGGCUCUCGAAGAGUGACAUGGUUUUCUGUUCCGAUUCAGUUUUGUAUUUAAUAUAAGCUUAAGGAAUUAAAAAUUCAGUUUCCUAAUUAGA